UGUUUGAACCAAAGCAGCAUCUGAAGUACAUUUGUGACUUAUUGACUUUACCUUUGUUAGAAGUUUCUCUCAUACAACAUGGAUGUUGUUGCAGAGCAUGUAGAUCUAAUGAUGGCCAGUGAGAACUUUGAGAGGACAAUUGCAAACUUUGACCACAACUUCUCAGGCAAACUGAUAGAUUUACUGAGGAAAAUCAUGGACCUGAGUUCAGAAAGUGGACACCUGAAACUGCUUAACAUUCUCUACAGACUGGAUUUCAAUGGUUUCUACAAGGAGAAGUUAGAAGCCAUGUCAGCAGAGAAGGCUAUGAUGGAAUCUUCUAUACAUAGUACAGAUUCUGGAUCCACAGGUUCAUGGCCGACAUCAUCAUUUACGUCACAGCGUCCAGAGACAGCUCAGUACGUCCCAAGUAUCCACAAACAGAGACCGUCAUCUAACUCAUCUAAUUAAACAGGGCUGACCAGAACAGCACAAGUACUAACGAUGGAAACACAGAUGUAUAAACUAAGAUGAAUUCCAGUUUAUUGUUGGACUUAAAUAACUUAUUGCAAUGCACGAUGCGAUCUCAUGUCACUGUGUGUGCUAGGAGAUGUUAAAGCAAACCUUUUUGAGAAUUUUUCUUACAAAAAAUUGUAUGAGUGGGAAGUGAGAAUUGUUUUUAGAUAAGUAAUAUUUGAAGUCAUUAGCACAAAAUUGAGGAGGAGAUAUUCCUUAAUUAAGGAAUAAUUGGUACUUUUAUCUUAAUAAAGAGUUAUUAAUUAUAAAUUUCUGCAUGUUAUUGAUUAUUUUAAUGUUUAUUGCAAAUUUAAUGGGGAUUGCUAAAAGAAUAUAUCCACGAAUGUGUCUGGCUGCAGAGGAAAGCAUUUUUUUUC